CAACACUGAGGGAGCAUGGGGAGCACUAACUCCGGUGGGGCAGCUGUCCCUCACCCGGGGCUGCUGUCCCCAGGGGGCCGUGGGGUGGCCGUGGGCCCCAUCCUGAGUGACAGCGCCUCCGACAUAUUCUGCGGUAAUGAGAACAGCCCAAACUUCCUCUUCCACAACCGGGGGGACGGGACGUACAGGGACGUGGCAGCUGCUGUGGGGCUGGAUGACCCCUACCAGCACGGACGCGGUGUGGCGCUGGCUGACUUCAACCGCGACGGCCGGGUGGACAUCGUCUAUGGCAACUGGAACGGGCCGCACCGCCUCUACCUGCAGAGCGGAGCUCCUGGGCGUGUCCGAUUCCGGGACAUCGCCACCCCCAAGUUCUCCAUGCCGUCGCCCGUCCGCACCGUCAUCGCGGCCGACUUCGACAAUGACCAGGAGCUGGAGGUUUUCUUCAAUAACAUCGCUUACCGGGGCUCCUCCGCCAACCGCCUCUUCCGGCUCAUCCGCAGAGAACACUCAGACCCCAUUGUGGAAGAGCUGAAUCCAGGGGAUGCACUGGAGCCCGAGGGACGGGGCACAGGAGGUGCAGUGACAGAUUUUGAUGGCGAUGGGAUGCUGGACCUCAUCCUAUCCCAUGGUGAGUCCAUGGCACAGCCCAUCUCCAUCUUCAAGGGCACUCAGGGCACCAGCAACAACUGGCUGCGUGUCAUCCCCCGUACCCGCUUCGGGGCCUUUGCGCGGGGGGCCAAAGUGGUGCUGUUCACCCGGCGCAGCGGGGCCCACCUGCGCAUCAUUGACGGGGGCUCCGGCUAUCUCUGCGAGAUGGAGCCUGUGGCACACUUCGGACUGGGGCAUGACGAAGCCAGCAGCCUGGAGGUGACCUGGCCAGAUGGGCGCGUGGUGUCACGAGCUGUGGUAAGCAGCGAGACCAAUUCUGUCCUGGAGAUCCCCUACCCUCUGGAUGUGGAGGAGCCGCUCAUGCCUGCACCGCUGGAGUGCGGGCAGGGAUUCUCCCAGCACGAGAAUGGACGCUGUGUAGACACAAAUGAGUGCACUGAGUUCCCCUUCAUCUGUCCCCGGGACAAGCCCAUCUGCAUCAACACCUAUGGCGGGUACCGCUGUCGCAGCAACAAGCGCUGCAGCCGGGGCUUUGAGCCAAACGAGGAUGGCACAGCUUGCGUGGCUCAAGUGGCCUUUUUCGGGGGAUAUCCCUCUGCUGGGAGCUGGCCUGGGCUCCCCCACAGUGCCCUCCUCCCUCUAGUCCUCGGACUCUGCCUUUGUCUCUAUGCACUUUAACCCCUGCCUGUAACAUGCCAGAGCAGCCUUGGUGGAAGGAUGGGCUGGCCUCUGCCUGUCUCUCUUUUUCUGUCCACGCUGAGCCACCCCGGAAGUGCCGGCUGGGACAUACUGGGCUGAUCUGCAGUGGGACCGGCACAGACCUGGCUGUCCUGUGCACCAUCUCUGGGAAAGGAGCCCUGGGGCAGCCUGGCAGUGCCCCUUCCCCCGCACACCCCACUGCCCCAGUGCUGUUCCUGCCAUGCUGGCACCUCCCUGAUGGUCGCUUGCUCCGUCGCCUCGAUACCGUACCGUGUGCCUGCUGGUUUGGCCUGCGACGUGUGUGCUUUGCCUGCCCCCUCCUCGGUGACGGGAACCACCUCCCCAGCCCUGGCAGAGGAGGGUCUUCCCAGCCCUGCAGGGGCAGGAUCCUCCUGGUCUGUUUUUUAACAUAUUGACCCUACUGUUUGGAGUCUGACCCUGCUUAGUCCCAACAGUCUUCCAGCCCCUCUCCCAGAGAACCCCUAAUAAACUAUAUCCCAUCUAUUAA